AUGUCCAACCCGCAAAGGCCAUGGCCGUCUGCCGCUAUUGACGCUGCGUCGCACGGCGCGAUCGCCUUCACCACGAUCUAUUACGAGGCGUAUGACGAGCCCACGCGGCGGAGUAUUGAAAUCCCAAUGUUCUACCUCCCAUCCGCCAAGGUCGUCUGGAACGGUAACACUGUUGGCGCGGACGCAGGGUCCAUAACCUCCUUCCUCGACGCAAUGCCGUUAAGCCGGCACGAUCUGCAGACACUCGACUGUCACCCACUCAAGCCCCUCCCCACUGCUGCGAGCACCGCCCCUGAGCUCCUCCUCACCGUUACCGGCUCGGUCCUCCACGGGCCAACCGUCAUGCAGUUCGGUGACCACGCGCCGUCGCAGCCAAGCGAAUACCCGCGCAAGUUCCGCGAGGUGUUUGUGCUCCGGCCCAUUGAGAGCGCCGAGGGGAUGCAGCCAAAGUACGCGAUCCAGAGCGCCAACUUCCGCUUUAUCGGAUAA